AUGUCUGCUGCUCUUCGCCGCCUCCCCGGCCCCUCCAGAGCAUUCGCCUCCCAAGCCCCAACCCACAUCCCCGUCAUCCGGACCCUGCCACAACUGCGGCGAUGGCGCAGAGCUGCCAGGGAGAGGGGCCUCGACGUCGGAGUGGUCCCAACCAUGGGCGCCCUGCAUGAGGGGCAUAUCGACUUGGUCCGAACGUCAUUGUCACAAAACCCCCUGACUGUCAUUACCGUCUUUGUCAACCCUAUGCAGUUUGCCCCGACAGAAGACUUUUCGGCGUAUCCUCGCCAAUUGGAACGCGAUCUCUCCACCCUAAACUCUCUUCUCCCUUCGCCCGGCACACUGGACAACGAGUCGCCUCUGGUGGUAUUCGCUCCCUCACCGGAUGUGAUGUAUCCUUUGAAGGGAGAACUGCAAGAUUUGGAUGCCCACAAGGGUGUCGAAGUCGAUGUGAGUGGGUGGGGCGAGCUGAUGGAGGGAGCUUCGAGGCCCCAAUUCUUCAAGGGUGUCGCCACUGUAUGCACCAAGCUCUUCAACGCUGUGGAGCCUGACCACGCAUACUUUGGACAGAAGGAUAUCCAACAAGCGCUCUUGCUCAAAAUCUUGGUGAACGAUCUUCUUCUAUCCCACCCCACUCCCGAGAAUCUCCACAUCCUGCCCACCACCCGCUCCCCAUCCGGUCUCGCCCUUUCUUCCCGGAACGCGUACCUUUCUCCAUCCGAGCUAUCCGCGGCCCCCAUCCUAUUCUCCGCCCUAUCCGAGGGGCAGGCUUCUUACGAAGAAGCGCAAAGGGCAAAGAACAAUGAGUUGACGGGGGAAGACAUUAUCUCUGCUGCCACUGGUAUACUCCUGGCAGAGCAGAGCAGGCUGUUGCAGGCCUCUUCGGUGUCCAAGGAGGCUGGUGUGGAGACGAGGCUAGAUUAUGUAGAGUUGUUUGAUAGGACUACUUUUGAGCCCGUGAGGGGCCCGGUCGGAGAUAAAGAGAUGGUGCUCGCCGGGGCGCUCUGGGUGGGAAAGACGAGGUUGAUUGAUAAUGUUCUUCUGGGCUGGAAAUGCUCGUGA